GUUGACACGUAGUGGGCGAGGGACAUUGACAUGAGAAAGCAACCGCAGGUUAGGAAAUAAGACGCACAGCGGCGCACAUUACCCUAUGACACAGUGCUCUAAGUCCCACAAAUGGUAGUAAUCAGCAAAGCCAAAGAUCGGACACGAAUUCGGCGUGUAUCGCAUUUACACGCUUCCAAGUUUUCAUGUUAUUUCAUCGAACCUCAAGAACAUCUUAACCGCAACAACCACAAACAACGGCAAUAGCAGCAGAACAAAACCCACGCAUCCUCUGAAAAUCCCACAAAACACCCGCGCCUACUUCUCCCUUGUCGAAUCCACUCGCCAAUCUCCAAUUUCUUCACUCCUUUUAGAUCUUUCUUUCUCUUUGCUUCUGGAUUUUCUUUGUUGUGUAAUGUAGUGUAUAGCCAGGGAGAGAUGGCGGGACAGGUGGUGAAAGUAAAGAGGGAGUUAAUACAGACAUGCAUGACUUGUCCUCUUUGUAAGAAGCUGCUAAGGGAUGCUACCACUAUAUCUUUAUGUCUUCACACGUUCUGCAGGAAGUGCAUAUAUGAAAAGUUCUCAGAUGAAGAAGUAGACUGCUGUCCCGUAUGCCAUAUUGAUCUGGGCUGUCUGCCUGCGGAGAAACUGAGGCCAGACCAUAAUAUGCAAGAUAUAAGGGCCAAAAUAUUUCCUUUUAAAAGAAGAAAAAUCAAGGCCCCUGAAGUUAUGCCUUCAAUUGCAUUGCCAGCGAAAAGAAAGGAGAGAUCAUUAUCAUCAUUGGUGGUUAGCACUCCCAAAGUGCCAAUGCAAAUUGGCUUGACUGGAAGGAGAUCUAAAGCUAGUGCAAGAAAGGCUUCUGCUUUCCAGUGCAGUUUUACUGUUGAUGAAUCCAGUAAAAAAGAAGAUUCUGCAGAAGAGCACCCAAGGAGCUCAAGCUCUCCUGGGUCUCCUAAUAAAAUUCUGCAAAAUAAAAGGCAUAAAGAAGAACAAGAAGAUGGUGAAGAAAUAAUAGAAGGGAAAGCUGAUUUAUGGACUCCCUUAAAUUGUCUUGUUGAAGCUGCUAACAGAAGCAAGUCCUGUAAGUCAAAUUUGCAAGGGAUUUCUCAUGCAAAAUCAGAACUGCUUAGUGCACCUGGUUGUGAAAUCCAGUCACCCAUAACAAAGUUCCGACCAGAAUCUCCCAAUGGUCAUGAUAUGAUAUAUAUGCCUAAAACCAGAAAUAAGGAGCGGGGGCAGGAUAUGAAAGUCCAGGAUGAUAAGAAUUUGGCAAAUCCACUUCAUGCAUCAGUCAAGCGUAGAAGGUUGACAGCAUCACGGAAAAGGGCUAUGGCUGAACAGCUUAGUGCAUCGGCACUAGUCACGCUUGAUGCUGCAGGUGCUAAGAACAAUAGAAGAAAUUGUCCAAUUUGGUUCUCAUUAGUUGCCUCUGAAGAUGAGAAAGGUGAUGCUUCAUUGCCACAGAUAUCUGCAUGUUACCUGAGGAUUAAGGAUGGUAAAAUGCCCGUCUCGCUCAUUCAGAAGUAUCUUGUUAAAAAACUUGAUUUGAGGAGUGAGGCUGAGGUGGAGUUAAUCUGCCGGGGUCAACCAGUGCUUCCAUCUCUGCAAUUACACAACUUGGUGGACUUGUGGUUUAAGACAGCGUCAACAUCGAAAAAGGUACCGACGUCGGUGGGUUCCUCAGCCAAGGACUUUGUAAUGGUAUUAUCAUAUUGUCGAAAAGUUCAAGCUCCUUAAGUAUAGCUAAAUGUCUUUGUUUGUUGUGUUUGAUCGUUUACUUUGCAUCUUUGGUUUAGCAAAAUAUAUAUAUUGUUGGAUCUUGUGAAGCUGUAUGUACAGUGGCUAUUGAAUCAGAGUCACAUGCAUGUGAUUACAUAUAUGAUUUUAUUUGAUUUGAUUUGAGUUUA